GGGCCAGGCGGGCGCGGGACUGGGCUGCUGAGGGGGGCGGGAGGCUGCUGCCCGCGCCCAGGGCACACCAGGGCUGCCAGGCAGGAUGACAGGCAGUUGGGACUUGGCCCCUCUCUGCUUUGCAGGGGGCUUUCUCUUUAAGCAAUGGAAGGAGAAGUUCCUUUUCCUCUCCAUGGACGGGAGCCUCCUGAUCUGCCGUGAUGCCCAGUCCCCGGCCGAGCUGGGCAUCUCGCUCGGCACCAGCUGCCAGGCCAUCCUGGAGGGCAGCGAGAUCGGCAACCUGCCCCGCCUGCCCCUGGGCGCCCAGCGGGAUAGCUGCUUGGGUCUCAGCCUCAGUGACGGGAAGUUCCUUCUGCUGCUGGCCCCGGACAGCCAGGAGUGCAGGCAAUGGCUCAACAUCCUCCGCAAAGUCAAAGAAAGCUUCUCCCAAGGGCCCCCAGCGAGGUGCAUGCUGCACAUCGACUCUCCGGCUAGGCAGUGCUGCUGGAAAGAAGCGGGAGGAGGUUCUCCUGGCACACAGAACAGAGAAGCCACCAGGAACAGCCUGUGCAAGGAGACUUGCUCGCCCCGUUGCCUGCGCCAUGGCUCCCAGAUGCACGCGGGGGUGAAGGCUGCCUGCCUGCUGAUGGGGGGAGCAGCAGCCGGCCCCACCAUGGGCUACAUGGUGACCUCGGCCACGGCCAGCCGGCCUGGGGAGAUGCACCCCCCCGACUUCAAAGAACUGGGCUAUCACCCGUCCGCCUGCGAUGCUGAGGCCUCCCAGUAUGAGACGCUGGAUUACGAAGGGCUGGACCAGGACUUCGACGCGCUGGAUUUCGGGGGGUUUGCCUUCUAGACACACACAGUCCUCCCCCGCCCAGAUUUAAAGGGCUAAACCGAGACUGGGUGGGGGUCUUGCCGCUGGCUUCAUUUCCUCAGAAACUAGUCACCUCCCAGCUCAGAGGGGCAGCGCAUUACGCAGCCUUACCCUGGUGUCACAGGGGAGGGCAGGUGUGGGUGUGUGCGGGGGUUUAACAGGGGUAUUUUCUCUUCUCCCAAGAUGGGGAUUUGUUUGUUUGUUUGUUGUUUUUUUAAUCUCUCCCUCCACCGUGUCCGACUGUCCUCAACACUCAGGUUUCCCGUGUGCCCCUGCUGCCGCGGUGACUCGGGCUUGACUCCUGCCCUUGGUUAUGUCCCCUCCCCCCACUAAUGUUACCGUGGGGUAACUCAUGGCAGGAUCGGGCCCCCCGGAGUGUUCAUUCUGCCAUUUUUUUGCAUUAAACUGUAGAAAUCUC